ACGCCAGUGUUGUUAAGGUUAUUUGUGAAGAAGAGUUCAUGUAGAAACUGCGGUUUACAGAAUCCCAGGCCUAGUUUGCAAGACAGCGCAGGCACGACGAGCCAGCCCACAAAGCUCUGGGGUUUGCGUUGGCCUACAACUUUCCAAAUUGCACAUUUCUCUUCAGAUGUCUUCCGCUUUCUACAGGUUUUCUUUACAGCCUUGUGCUCUUAUUUUCGUUGACGUGAAGCACAAAAGACGCGGCGCUGCUUCAAAUUGAAGAUCCAACAUUCAAACAUGAAGACGAUCGUGUGCUUCGGCUUCGUGCUGUGUGCACUCUCUGCUGCAGGCAGCGUGAUCCUCACCAGACCCGGGCAGAAGGUCACGCUGGAGUGUGGACCCGACACCUUCAACCAACGGCUGGUGUGGCAUCACGGGAGUGACCUGAUCUUUAACACCCCUAAGAGCGGCUUCACUCGCAGAGGCUCAACUGACAUUGUGCUGAGGUCAAAGGUGAAGCAGGAAAUUAAUCUGGAGAUCUCAAAGGUGAAGGAAGAAGAUGCCGGAAAGUUCAUUUGCAUGGCAGAUGGAAAAAGUCACGAACACACACUUGUUGUGGUCUCAGUGUCGGCCAGCCCGUCUGGUGAGCUCCAGCUGGGCAGUCAGGUUUCGCUCCGGUGUCAGAUCAAAGGUGUGGACUCUACGGUGCAGUGGAGGAGUCCGGAUGGAAGUCUGCACCCAAAGACGGCUCACCUCACAUCUGUAUCCCGCUCUCAUGCGGGGACCUGGAACUGUACGUUCUCUCAUGGCGGGGAGACGCACAGUCAGAGCCUUGACAUCAACGUUGAAGAACCUGAAACAGCUGCAUCAGCCCCGUCCCAAAGCCCAGAGGACGCCCAUAAGCCAACCUCCCUCCACUCUCAACCGGGCGUCAUUCAACCUCCAUCCGACGCCGUUCUGCUGCUGGGGCUGGUCUGGUGGGUGUGGGUCGCAGUGGGAGUGGGCUGCCUGGUUGUGCUGCUCCUGAUGGUUUUUGUCAUUGUCUUGUGCAAGAGGAUCAAAAGAAGGAAGAGAAAAAUUCACAUGCUGAAGAAUGGCCGACUGCCACUGAAGCCCAAGAAGUACUGCCAGUGUGACCGCCCAGCAGCUGCAGCAAAACCGCAGCAAGGACGCCGGAGAGAGAAGCCAUCAGCUCCCCCUCUGCAGCCCCUGCUAAUGUAGUGACAUGAAAGAGAGAUGGGAGAAAGGGAAGAAAGCGAGUGAGAGAAAGGAGAAGAAUAGAUGGAGAUAAAGAGCGAGUGAAAGAGAACCCCAGUGUGAAUGCAAAUGGACUUCUGAAUGCUGGAGAUGAAAAUAAAAAUCAAAUGUAAUGAAGUGGGCACUUUUCCACCAGAUAUACCCGGUGAACUGAAUGCAAAUAUGCUCCUCCACUGCCAGAGAGAACAGCAACAGUCUGUACUUGUGUUUUAGAUUUAUGCAGCACAAUAACGUGUUAAAUAUUUACAGCGUUGUACACUUCCAAUCAUUAUACAUUUCAUUCAGCUGAUUAUGAUAAGUCUUCUUUAGCUUUUCUGUGUUUACUGUAUUUAUACUUUGUCUUUAUUUCUGUGUGUUGUACUGAAGCUUUAUGUGUUUUUGUUCCACAGACAAUAAACUAUAAGGAUACCCAGCUGCAAAA